AUGCCGAACGUCUUCAUCGCCUAUCCACCUCCAACAUACACGCUCACCUCUAACUCGACCAACAUGGACCCCCAAUGCGCCAGGAGCAUGCUUGAGUGUGAAAUGCACAGUAAGGUCAGCAAUUGCUUCGCAACACCUCUCCGACUUCGUGGUCACGCUGCUGAUCCUGGUGCUAUUCCGCGGACAGAGGCCGGGUCGCGCUGGAACUCCAGGGCCAUUUUGCUUGUCGAGGGACACAAAAGUGCUACAACUCGCUACUACAGCUGUCUGCAAGCGAUCAACGCUGUUCGACUGGACGACCGCGCAAUACAUCGAGCUCAUGAGAAGCGACACUUCGUCGUGCGGGAGUGCAUGAAGCAUGAACGCUUUCCACAAGGCAUGCAGCGGCUUGAACAGUUUGCAAACAAGCACGGUACCAUCUUCAUUUACGCGGGCACCGCGCCUCGCGACAUAGUGGAGCUUGCUCAUAUCAACAAGACAGUAGACCCCACCUAUCUUGUGUCUCGUCAGCCCCAAUCUCAGCAUACCUGGAGUGCUGCGCUCUUCGGCUGCCUUGGCUACAACUCCAGCAGGAUGUAUCUAAGCCUCACUUCCGACAGCUUCGACGGCCCGGAUGGAACCUUCCGCGACCUUGAGAAGACACUGCUUACAACGCUUCCGCCUCCUGAGAUUCAGCCCAAGUACUGCCCGUAA